GGGCAGUCGGCCGCUUCAUCUGGAGUCCAGGAACGGAUGAUUAAACUAAGUGAACUUCGGGUUUUCGAUUUGAAACAAGAACUAGAAAAACGUGGUUUAGACAAGAACGGUAUAAAGUACGCUCUCAUUGAGCGUCUUGAGACGGCGCUACGAGAAGAAGGGCACGAUCCAAAAACUUUUUUAUUUGCUGUUGGUGAUUAUGGGAAAAAUUCUCCUUCUGUGAAGACUUCAUAUUUGAAGCGGAGCGUAGUUCCCGGAGAAAAUGCCGAUGAGGAUAAGGAAGUGGAAGAAAAUGAUAGGCUUCCUUGUAAGGAAGAGAGCGAAAACGGUGAAAGGCCUGCUAUUGACGAGAAUAGUGGAACUUCUAAAGCGGAAUCGGAAAUUGUGAGCGUUGAAACGAAUGAUGAAGGUAGCACGGUCAAUGAGGUGGAAGAACCACUUGUUGCGAGAUCUGAAGCUCAAAUAAUUGGUGAUGAUAUCAACUUGGAGUCUGAAAACCCACACGUUUCAGAAGAAACAAGAGAUAAGAUUCAAAACCUUGACGAUUUGGAACCCAAGAAAGAUUUAGGGAUAACAGCUGAAACAGCAAAAUCAGUACCAAGCACUGCAGUUGAAAAAUUCACUGUAUCUCACUCGCAGCCUCUUUUAAAAAAAUCGCUGGACAGUUCGCUGUGGAUUAGAGGGAUAGGUCCAAACACAAAAGCUGCAGACUUACAGGCUCUUUUCUCGAAAUAUGGCCGCGUUAUAACAGCCAAAAUUUAUACCCGGCGACAGCAGCCAUCUGGUGCCUGUUUCGGGUUUGUCACCAUGGCGGAUUCUGCUACAGCUGAAUUGUGUAUCCAUAAGCUGAAUAGAACUGCUAUUAAAGGGCGUGUGAUUACUAUAGAAAGGGCCGAUCGUUCCAACAUGCCUUCUUUAAAGUCGGUCAAGAAGAAAGCAGCUGCUUUAGCAAAUGCAGCUCAAAAAAGUUCAUCAAGUACAGUUAACAAUGAGAGACCGAAAAGCGAGGAACGACCGAAAAGCAGCAGAGAACAAAGUUCGGAAAAAGAGAAGAAGGAGAAAAGUUCGACGGGUAAAUCGAAAAAUGCUUCACCUGCAGAGAAAGCCAGCAAUCAUGCGGAUAGCGACAAACAGAAAACUGCUAAAACGGCAAGUGGUUCAAAGAAAGUCCCGGUCAGAGCACCAUCCGCAAGCACUUCACAAUAUAAAGGAAAGCCAUCUUCACGAGAACGUGCUCAAGUCAGCCGUUUAUCGUCUAAAUUUAGAACUGGAAGAAGAUUUACGGAACGUGCUGAACGUUUUGCGUCUCUGCGACGCCCGUUCAGUAGCAGUAUAAGGAAACCUGUUUUUGCUUCGGGAGCACGUAGACCGGCGACAGUAUCAGGUCGAAUACCCUUGCCUGGUCGGUCACCUCGUUUAAGCAGAUUUGCUCGUCGAGAGGUAUCUUCGAGACGAGUAGAACCGUCAUGGGAUAAACGAGAAGUCAUGGAAGUUUUGCGCAAGAAGGAAGAAGAAUAUCGGUUGAAAGAACAAGAAUUGCGGUUGCAGCGUGAACGAGAAAGGUUGAAAUUUGAAAGGGAACGAAUUGAAAGAGAGCGUCUUGAGUUACAGCAGUGGAGACAACUAGGACAGUUCGCAGCACCGCACAUACCACCUAUAAUUCCGAUAUCACGACGUUCGCAUGACUCUUAUGAUGAUGUUCACAGCUCCAGCCGCCAUCAUAAUGAGUACGCACGCUCUAGUGGUGAGAGACAUUCAUCAAGCCAUCGGAACAGCUCAGGGUCCUCCCGUGUCGCCUCCUCGGAAAGGCGGGAACCUCAUGUUUCUUCUCGUCACGUUUCUGCUAGCCAUCAUUCUUCUUCUCGUAGCAUUUCGGAAAGAGAAAGGAGUAGACAUGGGAGGGAAAGGGAAUCCCGAAACUACACCUCGUCGUCGCCAAGAGAAAUUUACAGCAGGGACUCCCAUUCUGCUUAUGGGCGUAAUGUUGAUGCAGCAACAAGCAAAGAAACUUAUCGAGGGUCAGAAGCCGCAUCCUACAGCAGCAGUCAUCGAAGUAGUGACUUAGGUUACAGCAGUAGAGAAAUGGGUUAUUCUGGCAGUUAUGGAGGAACUUCGUCCAGAUCUGGAGGCGCCUCAUCUUGGCAAGUAGGUGGAAGUGGUUCCACGUACCUUAGUUCAUCCUCAAGAGAUUUUGAUAAUAAUGGGUCUUGGAUGUCAUCUAUUCCUUCGUCACAGCCACAUGGCAUUAGUGGUAGCCAGUGGCAGUCAUCGAGAACAACUGGUCGGGUGGAGAUGGAUAUGCCCAACAAGGCUCGCAUAGUUCAUCAUAUGAGAAGUCUUACGAUAAGUAUGAUUCAUACGACAAGUAUGGAAGGAGGUACUAGUUUUAAUUUUGUACAAAUUGUGUAUUAA